AUGACAGGAAGUACGACAAUACAGUUUGUGCCUUGGGCAUUCCGUGAGACUGCCGCCUACUGGUAAGGCAUCCGUACUGUCACAACAGACAUCGUCACAUGACAAUAUGACAAAACUUCCGCAUCUCAUCUCUUUACGUUCAGUUAUUCAGUCAGUGGAUCACGAAAUUCAAACAUGGUUUGCUCAAGAGUUGGAGUUGUGCUACUGUAUUCCCUCUUUGCAAGUACAGUAAGUACUCUUACAUAGAUAAUAUCGUAAUAGCUUAGACUGAAUUAGUGGGAAAAGAAAACAGACAGAUGGCAAGCUACCUAGUCAGAAUUCAAGCCUCCUUUUGGAAUGCACUUAAAAUUUGAAUGAUGUUUAGAUUAGCCUAUAACUUGAACUAAUCGCAGGUUCCUUGAACCAUUUACACGCUGGUGCACUGACUUAGCAUGUCUGGGUUGAUUGCUUUCAAAGUAGCUAACUAGCAACAUUUCAAACUCUGUUUAGCUGACAUUAACUAUCACAGUUGAUCUACUGCAAGCCAUAGAAAUUAAUAACGUAAAUGUACAUUAGAAUGACCUCUUUUCCCCUCUGUAUUCAUUUUAAUCGAGAAGUAGACCUUUUCAACUUUGGCAAAGCGUCAAGUCUAUUAAACAUAGUGCACUGUGUUCGUAACAGAUUCUAGUUUUGUGAACAGAAAAGAAAAACGCUGAAUGUCGGCCCAGUUUCACCUAGUUUCAUCCUCUCACACGACCCCUGACUGGACUUCCUCUCACUACCAUAUAUUUGGUGGUGAGAACGUUCUAAACGGAUGCUUCAGCUUUAUAGUGUCAGGGUUACCCCUUCUGUCUGUGGUUGAUCUAGCCAUAUAAAUUAAUAAAUUAAGCCAUAUAAAUUAUACAAAUUAAGCCAUAUAAAUGAAUAACAUAAAUGUGCAUUAGAGUGUCCUCUUUUGCUCUCUGUUAAUUUUCAUCGCGAUGUAGGCCUUUUCAUUUUAUACCCCCAGCAACAUCACUUGACUAGAGGACAAAGAUUGGCAGUCACGUUGUUGCCAACCUUGUGCCAUCACCUGAUAAAUCACCCCUUCACCAUAAAAAGCUGAAACUGUAACAGAACAGUUACAUGACUGCAAUGAAAUUAUACCAAUUGCUCUCAAGAUGCGUUCCCUCAGACAACUAUCUCUCUAAAGUCAGUUUGUAGCCAUAAAAAAAACAGCACACUGACUGCAUGGCUCCCCGGGAUUUAAAACUACUAUAUGUGACCCUUACUUUGUUUAAAUCUCUGUCAGCUUGGAGUGCCGCAGACCUUCAGUGUGGACUACAAGAACGACUGCUUCCGUAAGGAUGGGGAAGAGUUCCGCUACAUCUCCGGUAGCAUCCACUACAACAGGAUCCCCAGGGCCUACUGGAAAGACAGGCUACUCAAGAUGUAUAUGGCCGGACUGAACGCCAUUCAGACGUAUGUAGACUUAGCCUGACGACUCACACUAAGUUAUUUCGCUGCUCUGUCGUUCGCUACAUACUUUAGUCUGAGACUGUCAUAAUUGAAGUUGUUUGUGGUGAAGAGGGGCGUUGUGCAAAACAAUGUCAUCAGCGAUUGGAUCGUCUCUAACCAAUCAGAGUAUCAAUCCGCCUCUUUACUCACGUGUGUUCUGGCUCUGGCCCAACCCAUUGGUUUCUGGACCAAUCAGACGGCCCAGAAUGUGUUCUCAUUCGGUGAACAGUCGGGAGGUAUACUCAGAUCCAGACUCAUUGUGGAGAAGAAACUUACGUCCGUAGGCUUGGAGUAGCGUUUAGCUGGAGCAAGGAGUCUGGGUAGCCAGACAAAUGUAGACUGGCCACUAUGUCAUAAAUACACUGAAUGCCAACCAGUUAGAUGAGUGUCUUAAAUGUUCCUUCUAGUUUUCAGUUAGUCAUUUCAGUGGCCAAUUGGUACAUAGAAUUGAUGUUGAUCAAGUAAUUCAAAGACAGAGCCAUUUAGUCACAUCACCUCCAAAUGUUGAUAACCCAACAGAAUUCCUUUGGUGGGCCGUAAACCUCAGACAGAGCUAUGAUUUACUAUCCGGUGAUAUGGACUUAAAUAGUACUUCAUUAUCCAUUUUGGUUGAAAAAUUACAUUUGACAUUCCAGGUACGUCCCCUGGAAUUUCCACGAGCCCUCCUCGGAUCAGUACAACUUCAGUGGGGACAGGGAUCUAGAACACUUCCUGCAGUUGGCCCAAGACAUUGGUCUGCUGGUUGUACUGAGGCCUGGGCCCUACAUCUGUGGAGAGUGGGAUAUGGUGAGAGAAUGACUGUAAACAAUUGUUUUAUGAUUAAUAUACAAGUUGAUGAUAUGAUGUGUAAUAAUGUUGGCAAAUUGUGCCUGUAUUUCAAGUUGUUUACGGAAGACGAUCAGUCACAAUGUAGUAACGGCACUUCUACAUCAGCCGUGUAUUUCUUGACGGACUGUGUGAUAAUUUGCCAAUUUCAUGACCUGGUCUUUAGGGGGGCUUGCCUGCCUGGCUGCUCCACAAGAAAGACAUUGUCCUGCGUUCCUCAGACCCAGGUGUGUAUUGACUGUCAGAUGAGAAUGCAAUGCAUUCUAUUAGUAUUACAAUAUAAGAAUUGUGUUUUUAUGUAAUUUAAAUCCGUUUGUUUCAGAUUACAUUGCGGCUGUUGAUAAGUGGAUGGGCAAGCUACUGCCAAUGAUAAAACCGUUCCUUUAUCAGAACGGUGGACCCAUCAUCACUGUUCAGGUGAGUCAUGUUGAUAUUCAAUGAUUAAUACAAAAUUAAUUGGGGAAUCAAUAGCAAAAGUUCAGAUAACUUCAUAUUGUGCCUUAAAGCUGUACAAUUCAAUAGAAGACUGUUUGUCAAACAUUGCCUCUCAUCUCCUCAACAAGAGCCCAUCUCUCUCUCUCUCCUCUCCCUCCCCCUCCUCCCCUUCUCUCUCUCAGGUGGAGAAUGAGUACGGCAGCUACUUUGCCUGUGACUACAACUACCUGCGUCACCUGACCAGUCUGUUCCGCUCCCAUUUGGGGAAUGACGUGGUGCUGUUCACCACAGAUGGGGCUGGGGUCGGGUACCUCAAGUGUGGCUCUCUGCAGGGCCUCUACGCCACUGUGGAUUUUGGCCCAGGUAGGCUUCUGAGGCAAAUAUCUAGGAUCAGAUUAUAUUUCCCAAAUCACUACCAUACUGAUAAUAGGGGAAAUGGCAAGACAGGCCUUAGAUCAGUGUCAAGGGGGAACUGAUGCAAGUCAAAAUAUACACAACAAAGAUCAAUGGUGAUAAUUUUUCAGUGAAAUGCCUGGGAUACUUGGUUAAUGGAACAGGUAUGAUUUGAAGAAGCAUAGGGGUGUUCAGUUGGUAUGGUAUCUAUCUGUCUUAGAUCUGACUGUGCUGUUGGGUGGUUGUUGAUCAUGUGACGUCUAACCUAGCCUAUUUCCUUUGUUUGCCAAAACAGACGUGUUGACUCAUUGCGCCUUAGAAAUCUAUGACUCAUGUGUUAUACCAUCUCAUCCAGCAUUGUUCAAUAACUGUCUCUGUCUGUCUGUAUACGUCUGUAUUUGUUUAACAGGUGGGAAUGUGUCUGCUGCAUUUGAUGCCCAGAGACAGGCAGAGCCCCAUGGACCCUUGGUAAGCGUCUCUGUCAUUAGAUGUUUAUUUUUUAUAUUAUUUUGUAUAAUUUUUUUCUCCACUCCAGAUACAAACUUAUACGAACAACAACUUACAGACGCACACAAACAAUAACUACAUGUCGUUAGAUGUUAGUGGUAAAAGUCCAACACACUUCUGUCCUCUCUAGCAUGGCCAGAUAGUGCUGACUGUAUCCUGUGUUGCAGGUGAACUCUGAGUUCUACACCGGCUGGCUGGACCACUGGGGAGAGCAUCACUCUACAGUGUCCACCGCCAUCGUGGCCAAGUCCCUCAACGAGAUCCUCGCCAUCGGAGCCAGCGUUAAUCUGUGAGUCAUGGUGGAUGGAUAGAUGGAUGGAUAUUGGGUAUAGACAGCGAGAUGGAUUGAUUGAUUUGAUAGAUUCGAAUGACAGACCUUUAAAUUUACAUUUUAGUCAUUUAGCAGACGCUCUUAUCCAGAGCGACUUACAGGAGCAAUUAGGGUUAAGUGCCUUGCUUAAGGGCACAUCGACAGAUUUUUCACCUAGUCGGCUCGGGGCAACGCUCUAGUCGGUUACUGGAACAACGCUCUUACCCACUAAGCUACCUGCCGCCCCGCCUAAAUGGUAGAUCAAGUAAUAAUUAGUUCACCAACCAACAAUGAUUGAUAGGAAUAUGUGUUGACAUCAUCACACAUAAAACAUUUAACAUCAAAAAGGCACAGAGGAUUUUUCAGCUGUUGACAACUAGUUAUAAACCUCUCUCUCUGCAGAUACAUGUUUAUUGGAGGAAGCAAUUUUGGAUACUGGAAUGGUGAGUCAAAUUGUUCAAUGAUCCCAUAUUCUCUAGCGCUCUAUUGCAGAACCCAAUCUAUUUCACUUUAUUUGUGUUUGGCCAUGAUGUGAAGAUUAGUUUCUUUAAGUGAAAUUGCCCAAGAAGCCGGUGUUUGGAGGAUAUAUUGGCACGGGUGUUGUUAGGCCCGAGAUGUUAGUCCAGUCAGAUGGAACAGAGUAAAUAGGCAUUUUAACGUCAUAGAUUUAGCCGGUGGUAACUUGUGGAAUAGACACCGGCUGGAAUGCGGUUUUAACUAAUUCAGGAUUAGACCCACCCGUUGUAUAAAAUCACGUUUGUCUCUUCAUACUCUCAGGUGCCAAUAGCCCCUAUGCCCCCCAGCCUACUAGUUAUGACUAUGACGCUCCGCUCACUGAGGCAGGAGACCUCACUGACAAAUAUUUUGCCAUCCAGGAUGUCAUCAAAAUGGUUGGUAACAGAGAUAUCACACUACAUGUCAUACAUACAAUAUGUUUGAUUAGAGUAUGCUUUCUCGUGACUUUUAUAGCAAAAGUUUAUAUGGUCAGCAUUUUAGUACCCUGACUUCUUAUAAGCUUGAAAUGGGUAGUAAUUAAAGGUAAAUCAGUCAGUUUUACAAAUGAUUACCUAAUGAUGUCAUAUCCACCUGUAUUUUCCCUCAACAGUAUCGGAAGAUACCAGAGGGACCCGUGCCUCCAUCAACACCUAAAUAUGCCUACGGAGCUGUGCCAAUGAAGAAGGUAGAUCAUCUUCAGACAUUAAACAUUUGAGUUAACAUUUUUAUCAACGUUUAUUUGUCAUAUGCACGGAUUAAAGAGAAGUGUACACAGUGCAAUGAAAUGCAAGAAAAGGCACUGCUGAGAUUCGAACUCAGGAUCUCCUGUUUACUAGACAGGCGCUUUAACCAACUAAGCCACAGCGCCGGAUAGAAAUGUCUUUACCUUUACCUGACUUUGUUGACACAUUGCACACAGUGUGGAGAAGUGUUGCAAUAUUUACAUUUUAACAUUUAGUCAUUUAGCAGACACUCUUAUCCAGAGCAACUUACAGUUAGUACAUUCAUCUUAAGACAGCUAGGUGGGACAACUACAUAUCACAGGCAUAGAAAGUACAUUUUUCCUCAAUAACGAAGCUAUCAGUAGAGUCAGAGCUAGAAGGGUGGGGGGUGGGGAGGGUUAAGUGCAAGUUCUGGUUAAGUAAUUUUAUUAUUAAAAAAUACAUUGUAUCAUAGGCAUAUCAUAAUACACUAAAAGAAAAUUGAUAUUUUCUCUUUUUCCUCUUGUGUUGAUUGAGCAUGGAGUGUACACCGUGUAGAAUAUAAUCCAGUAUAUUCCAACAGAAUGUGUUUCUUUCUGCCUCCUCAGCUUCACACAGUAGUCGAUGCUCUAGACAUACUGUCCUUCUCCGGUCCGGUGAAAAGCCUCUACCCGUUGACCUUCAUUGAGAUGAACCAAGUACGUCCACAAGCUCAAUGUCGGUCUGUCCUUUUCUACACUAAGUGUAAGCGGCUAUGGUUGUUAUGAUCCAAAAUGGCUGAGGCUUUGCUCGCUUUAUUUGUUUUCUCUCCAAAAGCCGUUUGGGUUCGUCCUCUAUCGGACCAAGCUGCCUGUGGACUGCAGUAAGCCCACCCCUCUCUCCUCACCACUGAAUGGAGUCCAUGAUCGGGCAUAUGUAUCAGUCGACGGGGUGAGUUAGUCAUCAAAACUUCCCCUGCAAUUCAUUUGGUUUGCUGCAAGUUAACAUGUUGGUGCUCAAUAAUGGUCAAUGGUCACACAUUCUUGUCCAAGGAGGACGGGUUCUUGUCCCGGGCUCAGCACUAGAACACCCAAUUUAGACCUUGAUUAGUGAAAUCUGUGUUGUAGUGCUGGACUGGAACCAAGACCUGCACAGCAUGUAGGUCUCAAGAACCAGUUGGUGAUCACUGUCAUUCAUACGAUGUCAGACUGAGGCACUGAUUAUUAUCUCAAAAGAGGAAGAGAGAAAAGUCUUCAGGUUCUUCAAAAAAAGGAAAAUGUCUGUCGUAAUUCAAUAUGGUCUGUCAUCAGGUUGCUGCUGGGAUCCUAGAGAGGGACAAGGCCCUGACCAUUAAUGUGACUGGGAAGGCUGGGAGUCAGGUGGACAUACUGGUGGAGAAUAUGGGCCGAGUCAACUAUGGGAAAGACAUCAAUGACUUUAAGGCAAGAUGUUCUUUUCAACAGUUAUUUAAAGCUGGCUCUCCUGAGUAACCACCAUUAAUACAGCACCCUUCCAUUAGCUACUUAAUUCUACAGAACCUUAUUCGGUCCCACUGAACAUUAUGAGCUGGUUGCUUGGAAAUAGAUUAAGCAAAGUUCUGGACUAAGAAGCACUUUGUAGAAUUUGAAUUGAACCUGCUUUUUAGCCCACCAUUAGUAUUAUUUUGAGUCUGGGAAUCCAACCCUAAGUGUCCUAUGCACACAUACAUGACUAUGAUGUUUUGACUCCCUCCUUCCCUCUCUCUGUCUCUCUCUCUCUCUCUCUCUCUCUCUCUCUACAGGGCCUGGUGUCUAACCUGACAUUGGGGGCCGACAUCCUCACCGGCUGGGCCGUCUACAGCCUCAGCAUCGACCAGGCUGUUAGCCAGGGUCUUCUCUGGGAGAUGGGCUCUAGGGAGGCUGGUCCUCCACCACCCUCACCCCUCUCCGUCCCCUCCUUCUAUGGGGGCACUUUCGUCAUCCCCGGUGGCAUCCCAGAUCUGCCCCAGGACACCUACAUCCAGUUCCCUGACUGGAGAAAGGUGGGGUUUUACCUUUUUAAGUAGAUUUUAAUUGUUUGUUGAAUGGCUCUAUUGUAUGUUGUUCCUGAGCAGGGACCACAACUGCAAAUGACCUUAUAGAUAAUGUGACUGACUAGUCAACUGCAAAUGGCCUUAUAGCUAAUGUAACUGACCUGUGUCAUCUGUGCGCUGACAAGACUGUUGUGUUAGCCCUCUGAGCUAAAGCCUAGGCAUUAGCCUUAGACACACCUCUUCAUAUCUCAGGCAAGGUUACUCAUCACGUAAGCGUGGUUUGCUGAACCACGUUAGUUUCACAUACCCUGGUGCAAUAUACAACUUGUUCAUGGUCCCUGACACUACUGAAUCCCGAACACGUACAUUAUUUCUAGUAUUUUUUUUUAUGCUAUUCCUUUAUGUUUUGUUUUUAUCACUAGGGCCAGGUGUGGAUCAACGGUUUCAACCUGGGCCGCUACUGGCCCGCUCGCGGCCCACAAAUCACCUUGUACGUGCCCGCUAGCAUCCUGAGCACGGCCGCGCCCAACAACGUGACCGUCCUGGAGCUGGAGGGGGACCCAUGCACCCCCGGGCCCUGUACCGUGGAGUUCGCCAACACCCCGGUCCUGAACGCCACCGUUAAGUCUGACCACAAACACCAGAGGGCGCUGUUCCAUAAAGAGGAUCUCUUAUGAUGAGCACUGAUCAAAAAUGCACUUACUGUAUGUAUCUGGAAGUGAUCUAUUUUGCACUGAUCAUUUUAAAUGUUUGUAAUUUAAUCACGGGUGGCUGUACCUCUAAUAUUACCUCUAUUUGACAAUUCAGUGUCUUAAAACCCUACAUGACUUUGUUUACACUAGCAUCUGUAUUCAAAGGGAAUUAAGUAUGCCUCAUUUGAACAGUAUGUUUGUCUGGAAAUGUACUCAAGUUCACUAAGGAAAAUGAGUCAUUUAGAAGUGCUAUGAACUUGAGUAGUACUCUAAAUGUAAGUUGAGAUCAGUGGUGCUCAAAUCAUGAGCCUGGAGGUCCCUAGUACUGCUGGUUUUCUUUUUAUGUCAGUGCACUAUGCAGCUGACAAUACGCCUUUUAAAGGCAUGUUCACAGAGAUCACAUUCAUGGUAAACGCUGGCAUGUCUGCUCAAGUGUAAAUUACCUUUAAAAGUCUCUUAUAGUGCACUGUGCUAUAGCGCACCUUGAAUUAAAUCCUGCCCUAUGUUGUGAAUUGGGGAAUCAUGGUUGGGAAGGACGUGUGCCAAAUGAUCUGUGCCUUAUUGUGUGCCACCUAACUGCAGGGAUAUUAUGUUUUCAUUGAUUUCUGUAAUGAACCAUUGGGUGCGUCUUGUAAAUGAAGUUAUUGUGUUCAGCUGGAACCCUGGUAUGCUUCUUUUGCACAAUUUGAUGAUUUCAAAUACUUUGGGAUUUCCUUGUAUUUUGGUUGUUAUCAUUUUUGUUAAUUUGAAUGUGUUUAAUGUCCAGGCACAAACCAUGCUGUACUUUUUGAUUUAUAAAUGUUUUAAUAAAAUGUGGUGAAUGCAAUAAUGAUUACACACAAAUGGCAUAGUACCGCACAGAUCUCAAGUUAGGAUU